AUGGCCUCAGGUGACAAUGACAACGGUGCCACCACCCCGUUGGGUGACGUCAUCGGUGUCACCGCGCCGGGGGACGACGGCCUCGGGAGUGGCAUCGACCUGGGGGCAGUACUGGCGCUGGUGGUCAUCGGGGGCAACGGCUCUCCCUUCCUGGAGGAACCGGCCAAUCAGAGUGUGGCGCUGGGCGAGGGGGCGGAGCUUCGCUGCCGGGCCCGGGUGGGCGUGGCCGUGCAGUGGGCGAGGGAGGGGCUCCUGCUCGGGGCCCCGCCCACCCGGGCCCACCCUCGAUACCGAUUGGCCGGAGACCCCCUGAAGGUGGGCGUGUCCCCACGGGUGGGCGUGUCCCCAGGUGAGCACCACCUGCGGAUCCGCCCGGUGACGCUCGAGGACGACGCCGAGUUCCAGUGCCAGGCGGGGGAGGGGAACGGGACCCGCGCGUCGCGGCCGGCCCUGCUCACCCUGGAGCUGCUGGAGGGGGCGGAGCUUCCCCUGAGGGGCGGGGCCGAGCUCCAGGUUCGGUGCCGGGCCCGGGACGGGCGCCCCUCCCCCCACCUGGAGCUGCGAUUGGGCCAGCGGCUCCUCCCCGACGUUUCCUGGCGGGAGCUCGAGGGGUCGCACCCGAAACUGAGAGACGGCGAGGUGACGGCCAGGCUGACCCCCGGCCCCGCUGACCAGGGGCUCUCUCUCGUCUGUUCGGCCUCCAACGCGGCCGGAGCGGCCCCGGCCCCGGCGCGGCUGCGGCUGGACAUCGCUGGUGAUAUCCGGGGGCUGCCGCCGCUGGUGCGGGCGGGGGAGGAGCUGGAGCUGAUCUGUGAGAGCCGGGGGGGGCGCCCGGCGCCCAGUCUGCACUGGGACAAGGACGGGCGGCCCCUGGUGGGGGCGUGGUCAGAGCACGAGGGGGGCGUGGCCAGGACGCGCCUCGUGCUAAGCCCCGCCCCCGAGGACGAUGGCACCACCUUGCGGUGCAGCGCGGUGACGUCACUUCCGGAGGGCGGGGCCAGCACCAGCGUCAAACUGCGAGUGACUGGUUCAUACUGGUUCAUACUGGUUUAUACUGGUUCAUACUGGUCAGACGGGCCCUCGGAGCUGACCCUACUGGGCUCGGGGGCGGUGCCCGAGGACGGGGAGGCGCAGCUGAGCUGCACCAGUGCUCCCAGUAACCCCCCAGUACGGCUGCGCUGGUGGCUGGGGGGGAGGGAGCUGCAGGCAACGCACCAGGGGGUGGUGAUGGGGGGCGGGGCCGUGUCCAACCUGACACUGCGGGGGAGGGUCCAGGACCACGGAGCCCCCCUGGUGUGCGAGGCCGAGACCCCCGGGGUGGGGACAAAGAGCGUGACAGUGACCGUCAGUGUGAGCCACGCCCCCCUGGUGAGCGCCCCCUCCCCCGUGGUGGUUCCGGAAGGUUCCGAGGCCGUUCUGGAGCUGUCGGUGCGCGCCCAUCCCCCCCCCGAGAGCUGCCAGUGGAGCGUGAGGGGGAGGGGCAUCAGCCCCGAGGGCUCCCCGCGCUUCCGGCUCUCGCCAGGGGGCGCCCUCGUCAUCGCCAACGUCACGCGCGGGGACAGCGCCCCCUACCGGGCCUGGUGCCACAACGCCGAGGGCGGGGCCGGAACUGACGUCACGCUGCUGGUCCAGGUGCCCCCCAGCAUCGUUCGAGCCCCGGACCCGGUGGUGGUGGCCGAGGGGGGGGAGGGGCGGCUGCUGUGCGAGGCCGAGGGGAGCCCCCUCCCCCCGGGGAGCGUCCGCUGGGGGCGGCUGGGUGACUCGGGGUCCCCCCUGUCCCUUCCCCCCGAGCUGGGGGGGUCCCCCCUGGGUGACUCGGGGUCCCCCCUGGCGCUGCCCCCCGAGCUGCAGCCGCUCCCGGGGGGUCCCGGGGGGUCCCUCAGGGUCUCGGGGGCUCGGCGCCACCUGGGGGGUCCCUACGAGUGCAGGGUGGAGUCGGGGGUGCCGCCCCCCGCCCGCGCCAUCGUCCGCCUGGUGGUGACGUACGCUCCCGAGAUGGAGGCGGAGCCGCAGGAGGGGGCGGGGCUGGGGGCGGGGCCGGGGGCGGUGCUGGUGCCCGAGGGGGCGGAGUCAGCGACGCUGCGGUGCCGAGCCCAGGGAGUGCCGGGGGUGGAGCUGAGCUGGGAGAGCAACGGGCGGGGCCUGAGGCUGGGGGAGCCCGGUUCGCCGUUCCAGGAGCGCCAGUGGCGCGAGGGGCCCUGGACCAGCUCCGUGCUCAGCGUCACCAACGUCACCCGCGCCCGCGCCCGCCUGCGCCGCCUCUUCCUCCAGUCCCACCAGUCCUCCCAGUCCUCCCAGUCCCCCCGGCCCCGCUACCGCUACCGCAACCAGCCCACGGCGCCGCCGGACUGGGAGCACUGGGAGCACUGGGAGGGCGGCAACGGAACCAUCGGAGUGUUCGUGUGCGUGGCCCGGAACGAGCGCGGGAGCGUCCGGAGGAGACUCCAGCUGAGGCUGGCGGACCGGCCGGACCCCCCCCGGGCCCUGCGGCUCUCGGGGGUCUCGGGGACCUCCCUGAGCCUCGAGUGGGACCCCGGCUUCGAUGGCGGCCUCCCCCAGCACUUCCUGCUCCGGGCAGAAGGUCCGGACGCCCCUCCCCCACCCGCCGCACUCGUCACUUCCGGUUUCGCCCUCACGCUCGGCGGGCUCCGCCCGGACACGCCCUAUGACGUCACCGUGCGCGCCCGCAACGCCCGCGGCGACAGCGCCCCCGCGCGGCUGCGAGCGGUCACUUCCGCCCAGCUCCGAAGGCCCCCCCAGCUCCGGCUCGGCCUCCUGGGAGCCCCCCAAGGGGGCGGAGCCUCACCUGUACGAGGAGGUGGAGCCGUGGGGGGGCUACGAGGAGGUGCCCCCGGAGCUGCUCGUGACCCCCCAGGGGGAGCUGGUCUGAGGGGGGAGGGGCCUCGGGCUGAGCCCCGCCCACAAAUAAACCACGCCCAAACCAGUUCAAACCAGUUCUGUCCCAGUCCAUCCCAGUUUGUCCAAAUCUCCUCCCAGUUCCUUCCCAGUUUGCUCCAAAUUCUCUUCCAGUCCCCUCCCAUCCUUCCCAGUUUGUUCUAA